CCCCGCCCCGGCCGCGGCCCGCCUACGGGCUCGACAGGGCCGGGUUCCUCAAGGCGGCCCUGGAGCGAGCAGCCCCCGCGCCCGGCAGCGGGGACGAGGUCCGGGAGCUGCUGAGCCGCAGGAGAUCCAGCUUCAGCGGGCAUUUCAAGUGGCUCCUCUACAACAGGGCGGUGCCUUCCUUAAUCCAAGAGGGGCCUCAGUGCGGGCUGGUGGCGCUGUGGAUGGCAGGCUCCCUCCUCAGCCUGUCCCAGGACGUCUCCCUGGAGAGGAUUGUGCAGAUGGCGCUGGAGAGAGGCUACACCGCCCAAGGAGAGAUGUUCUCAGCGGCUGACAUGGCCCAGCUGGCCGAGGAGCUGUUCCAGUGCCGGGCCGAGCUGCUCUCUGGAGGUCUGGAGGGAGAGAACCGGGACAGGAUCCUUCGCCAUCUGACCGCUGGCUGCCCGCUGCUACUGCCCUACGACGAGGACUCCAACCAUGAGCCCUGCAGGAGACGUGGCUACAAAGCCCACUGGGCCGUCAUCUCAGGACUCCUGCUGGGCGUCAGGGCCGGCGCCCUCAGCCCGGCCUGCCAGGAGGACGGGGAGAUCUCCGGCCUCUUCCGCCCCGGCCCGGCCUGCCCCCCGCCUGCCCCGGAGGACGUGCUGGAGAUCUACCUGCUCUCCAAGCAGGGCAAGAGCUGGCGCCCCCAGCUGUGGAACUACCGGCAGGCGCAUGAGAGCAACGCCCAGCUGACCGACUUCUGCCCCAAGCGGGCGGGUGACGGCAAGGUCUACGUGGUGCCUGCGGGAGGCGUGAGGGCGGGGCUGUGCGGCAAGACUGUGCUGCUGCACCCACGAACCGCACAGAGUGCCAUGCCCCAGCCAGCCGGGCCACCCCCUGCUGCCGAGCGCUAGGAGCCACUGGAGCACUGGGUGGAGGAGACGCCCUGCAGCCCUUGGACCCACCCAUGCUACGAGGCACAGCAGGGCCUUAGUGGGUGGAGCAGUGAUCUGGGACCCGGGGGGCCUGGCUCUUCCGCUUUUCCCUGCUCCGUGCCUCAGUUUCCCCUCUGCAAAAUGGGGCCGAUGAUCCAGCCCUCCUUUGCAGAGCGCUUGGAGGCGGAGCGGUGCGGGGAGGGGCAGGGCACAUCAUACUCAGUCCCCUGAGGAGAGAGAUGCCGGGGUUAAAGUGCCAGGUGCGGCCCUGGUCCCUUUUUCCUGUGCCGCAGGAAGCCCUGAUGCCCCCCGGACUGUGGCCGUGGGGGAGGCGCAGCUAUUUCAGGCCCUCUCCAGAGGAGCUGCUGCUCUUCCACCCAGUGACGCUUUUCAGACUGUCCCAGAUUCCUGCUUUGAGGCCACAGUGCCAGGAAAUGGCAGGUACUUGUGGCCGGCUCUGAAAAUAACUUCACGCUUCCUGUCUGCCACCCACCACUGUUAGCUCUUGAGAGCAGGGACUGGCUCUCAGUCGGGGUCUGGGCGGCGCCCGGCCCAGCGGGGCCCCGAUCCCGGCGAGGGUCUGGGCGGCGCC